AUGUAUGUGGGAACAGCAAACUGGGAACAGAAAAUUCGAGGCACCUCUGGUAGCAAAUAUAGGUGGGACCAGAAAAUUGAGAACAGCAAAUUUGAGGCACCUGUGUUUCCAAAUCCACCCAGGAGCAGCAAAUUCAAGGCACCUGUGGUCCCAGAUCCACCUCAGAAUAGCACAAUAAAGGUGCUGGCAGCCACUAAAGUGCUGAACCUUUGAGAUUUUAUGCACAUUUAGGCUUUGCCUGGCUCUGCUCAGGAGGAGGGAAAGGUCUUGGCCAUAAGCAGUGAACCUCCAAGGGAACAAGUGUUCUGGGGAAAUGACCGUAGGAGGGAAAAGCCAUUCACUCCUGGACACCUCACCCCCCUCAGGAAGCCUUAUCAGGAGCUUGGAGAGAUUCUCUACACAAAUCAAACAAAACAUCACCUCUGCUCUCUGGGGCAGCUUGCACAGCAGCCGAAUGGAAACUGCUGCAACAGCUCUUACCAAGUGCUUCCCUUGGCAACGGAGAUUCUCAGCUGCAAAGUGCUUUGCAUUAUUUAUGUGGCACUGCACAGCCUUAACAAAUCAGGAACCAGUGGAAAAAAAAAAAAAGAAGUUCAGGAAAAACCACUUGAAGUAGCUGAGGUUACUGCUAACAAGUACUCGUUCAGUCCAGAGUUCCAUUUGCAUUCUGACAGAAGAGGCCACAUGAGGAAGUGGGGAAAGAAGAAAAAAAAGAGGACCUUAUAGUCUUUUAGUCCUGUUUAUACCAGUGUCUGGAUUCCAAGGGUUUCUCCACUUCACAGUGAACAUCUUUUCCAACAGCUGUGUGCCACACACUGGCUUUUGGAAGCUUUGACUCUCAAAUCCAACAGUUUGAUGCAUUCCAAAAUAACCCAUUGGAAUCCAAGCCAGGCUGAUGCCACAAAUGGAGAACUGGAACAGGUUUUAAGGCUGCAAAAUAGAGGGCUCAGUGCUAGAACUUUGGAAUUUCUGACUGGGUCCUUGGCACUCUUGAAACUCUCCAGGCCACAGCCCUACAGAAAGUCAGCACAGGUAAAAUGUGAAGAGGAGUCAAAAGGUGUCCAUAAACAAAAAGAGAUUGUUAAGAAGAUUGGACUGCAGAGCUGCCAUAUCAGCUCUUUCAUUAAAAGCAAAUCUAACUCGUGUGCUGAUAUGAGGCAAAAGUUCCAGCAGAACAUGAAGAAACAGCUUGUUCUUUAUGUGACACCCUCGUGGUUUCCUGUAUUGCUUGCCAGACUCACUCAGUCUGUGAAGAGUGACUAUUUUGUGCAGAAAAUCUUAAAGAAAGUGGAAAAAUAUGGCAAAAAUCCUGAUUUGAAAAUUUACCAGGCAUGUUUCUUAAGGUUCUGGCUGAUGUACACAUGUGGGGAGCUGUGUGAUGAGGGUGGGCAGACCAAGGCACCUGUGGGUAAAAUUCCUGCACUUGGAAAGUUACCAGGUGAAAUCAUUUAG